UUGUAGUCUACUUCUUUAUUAUUUUACUUUAUCAUCACCUAAACAGCGUAAAAAGCCAACAGAAAAGAGCUUCGAGGAGAAAUAAAAUACAUCGAUUUAAUCCACAGGACGGCACGCAGGCAAGUCAAAGGUUAAAAUAAUAAUAAUAAUAAUAAAAGUCUAAACUGGCAAAAUACUUAAAUUAAUACAUAUAAGUGCACAUGAACAUGCAUAAACCCGUAUAAUGCAAAAACUUUUAAGAAUAUUAGGAUUAACGAACACCCCGGCGCUGGAUAUUGUCCCUUUUUUAUCCCUUUUAUAAACUGGAAAAGAGUGAACUUUGUUUUUUGAAAAUAAAAGGGAAAAGGGGAAAGGAACGAUAAGGAAAGGGGAAGGGAAAAGAGGAAAAGGGACAAAAAAGGGAAGGAAAGGUGAGGAAAAAAGAGAAAAGGGGAAAGAAUAAGGGGGUGGGAAAGGGAAAUCAGCGGCUUCGGAGUGGAUUUUCCCCAAAUUUUCUGGGUUUUCCCGCAGUUUUGGUAGGAAAAAAAGGGGGAAGAGGAAAGGGGUGGGGAAAAAGGAAAGGAAAAAGGGAAUGAAGUGAGAGAAAGGAAGGGGGGAAAAGAGAAAGGAAAUAGAGGAGAGAGGGAAAGGGAAGAGGGGGAGAGGAAAAGGAAAGAAAAAACGGGAGGCAGCAAAGGAAAGAAAAAUCCAAGGGGAAAAGGGGGAAAAAAAAAAAGGAAAUAAAAGGAAAAACAGGGUAAGACGGGAACAGCAUUGCACAUGCGCAGUUCGCUCUGCCGGAUGGUGUCGUGGCCGCUCCGCGCAUGCCGCAGUGAUAUUUGCCGUACCCCAUCAUGGCGGCCGCCUGAUUGCGCACUUCUAUCGCCCGUACAUUCGCAGUUCCCUUCGCCGUACGGCAUCAUGGCCGCCCCUUACAUGCGCGGUUCCCGUUCCCGCGCAGCUCUCCUGCUGCUCUGCGCUUGCGCGCUGUUCCGCGCGGGGGUUGUGACAUCAUCCCGCGCAUGCGCGGUGCCCGCCGUUCCCCUGCCGGCCGGGCCUUCCCUGAGGAGGAGGCGGCGGAGCCCCGAGUCGGGCCCGGGAAAACCGGGAUAAAACCGGGAUAAAACCGGGAUAAACCUGGGGAAAAAAAAAAAAAACGGGAUAACCCGGGAUCAGCGCACGGCCAUCAUGGUGUUUUACUUCACCUCCAACGGUGAGAGAUCCUCUGUUUACACCAUUUACAUGGGCAAGGACAAGUACGAGAACGAGGAUCUGAUCAAGUACGGCUGGCCCGAGGACGUCUGGUUCCACGUGGACAAACUCUCCUCUGCUCACGUCUACCUGCGGCUGCACAAGGGCCAGACCAUGGAUGACAUUCCCAAGGAAGUGCUGAGCGACUGCGCCCACCUGGUGAAGGCCAACAGCAUCCAAGGCUGCAAGCUGAGCUCCGUGACCGUGGUUUACACCCCCUGGAGCAACCUCCGGAAAACUCCGGACAUGGACGUGGGACAGAUCGGAUUCCAUCGGCAGAAGGACGUGCGGACGCUGACGGUGGAGCGGCGGCCGUCGGAGCAGCUGCGGCGCCUGGAGCGGACGCGCGUGGAGCGAUUCCCGGACCUGGCGGCCGAGCGGGAAUGUCGGGAUCGGGAGGAGCGCGGGAGGCGCCGGCAGCAGCUCCAGGAGCUCCGCAGGGCCGAGAAGGAGGAGCUGAGGAAAAAGAGGGAGAUGGAGGAGCUCAGGAGCUACUCGUCCCUGAUGAAGGCGGAGAACAUGUCCUCCAACCAGGACGGGAACGACUCCGACGAUUUCAUGUGAGGAUCCCGCCCUGGGAACGUUCCCGACGCCGGGAAAAAAAAAAAAAAAAAGGAAGAAAAAAAUUCCCUGGAAAACGAACUCUGGCUCCAUGGAAAACCUCGGAGCCGGGGGCGCUCCCGGCCCCGCUUUUCCAAGGACAACGGGAGGGAAUUCCCGGGAAUGGGGGAGCCAACAAAGCCUUGGAUCUGC